UCUCGUAGACUCCAUCGCCUGCUCUUUCGGAUCCUUCUCUCUGCUCCUUUCAUGCCGAUCCUGCGCAUCGCAUCGUAGCGACCUAGGGCUUUACGCUCACAAUUACUGCUCAUUUGCUCCGACACACGCCGAGCAACUUCCUCGCGCUUCCUGCGAGACACCAGAGAUUUUCCCUUCUUUUUUCUACGCCUUGUUUUCGCGGCGCUUUGAUUCUGUUUCAGUGAUUCGAAGAGGGUCGCAUAUGAAAUUCUUCGAGAUCAGGACCCUAUUCGUCUUCUGGCUCGUUUUCACCGGAUUGAGUCCCGCCAGUGGCGAGGAUGCUAAAAAGAACAAGUUUCGGGAGCGGGAGGCUACAGACGAUGCGCUCGGCUACCCCAAUCUAGAUGAAAAUGCACUGCUGAAUACGCAGUGCCCACGGAAUUUGGAGCUGAGAUGGCAAACGGAGGUUAGCUCUAGCAUAUACGCCACCCCGUUGAUCGCUGAUAUCAACAGCGAUGGGAAGUUGGAUAUUGUGGUACCUUCUUUUGUUCACUACCUUGAGGUUUUAGAAGGUGCUGAUGGAGACAAGAUGCCAGGAUGGCCUGCUUUCCACCAGUCAACCGUGCAUGCAAGUCCUCUCCUCUACGACAUUGACAAGGAUGGUGUGAGAGAGAUAGCAUUGGCCACCUAUAAUGGUGAAGUGCUGUUUUUCAGGGUAUCAGGCUACAUGAUGGCAGAUAAGUUAGAGAUACCUCGGAGGAAAGUACGUAAAGAUUGGUAUGUUGGUUUACAUUCAGAUCCAGUGGACCGUUCUCAUCCAGACGUGCAUGAUGAUCAGCUUAUCCAGGAAGCUAUGGAGUCUAAAUUAUUUUCUCAAAACAAUGGAAGCACAAUUAGAUCUAGUCCAUCAGUUCCCUCAACAUCAGAGAGCAAACCUGGCACAAUGAACUUGACCAAGCCAGAAAAUGAAUUGAAAUUGAAUGAAACUCAACCAGACACAAACAUUAAGCUGCCUACAAGCAUGGAUAACUCCACGAGCACAGAUAACUCAACUAGCAGAACGGGAUCAACUCAGGCUUCUGAUUUAGCUCAUGGAACAAAUUCUGGCAGACGGCUUUUGGAAGACAUUAACUCCAAGGGAUCUCAGGAAGCUGGUUCUGAAUCCACUGUCAAUAACGACAAGGAUACUCGAGCUGCGACUGUUGAGAAUGAUGAAGGUCUAGAAGCUGAUGCUGACUCGUCAUUUGACCUGUUCCGUGAUAAUGAUGAGCUUCCUGAUGAGUAUGGUUACGACUAUGAUGAUGAUGUUGAUGAAAGUAUGUGGGGAGAUGAGGAAUGGAGUGAAGUGCAACAUGAGAAAUUGGAAGACUAUGUGAACAUUGAUGCGCACAUUUUGUGCACUCCCGUCAUAGCAGACAUUGAUAACGAUGGGGUGUUAGAGAUGGUCGUUGCCGUCUCAUACUUUUUUGAUCAUGAGUACUAUGACAACCAGGAGCAUUUAAAGGAACUGGGUAAUAUCGAUAUUGGGAAAUAUGUGGCUGGUGGGAUUGUUGUUUUCAAUCUUGAUACGAAGCAAGUUAAGUGGACAACACCACUAGAUCUUAGCACGGACAGUGGGAACUUUCGUGCCUACAUUUACUCUUCUCCUACAGUUGUUGAUUUGGAUGGUGAUGGAGACUUGGAGAUUCUGGUUGGAACUUCCUUUGGCCUCUUCUAUCUAUUGGACCAUGAAGGUAAAAUCAGAGAAAAAUUUCCACUUGAGAUGGCUGAAAUUCAAGGAGCAGUAGUUGCAGCGGAUAUCAAUGACGAUGGUAAAAUUGAACUCGUCACUACUGAUACUCAUGGAAAUGUGGCUGCCUGGACUGCACAAGGAGUAGAAAUAUGGGAAAACCAUCUUAAGAGCCAUAUUCCUCAGGGUCCUACCAUUGGUGAUGUUAAUGGCGAUGGACACACUGAUGUAGUGGUUCCAACAAUAUCAGGAAACAUCUAUGUUCUUAGCGGCAAGGAUGGUUCAUUUGUUCGUCCAUAUCCUUAUAGGACUCAUGGAAGAAUUAUGAAUCAAGUUCUUCUUGUUGAUCUAAAUAAACGUAAAGAGAAGGAGAAGAAUGGACUUACUCUCGUUACAACAUCAUUUGAUGGUUAUCUGUAUCUCAUUGAUGGGCCCACCUCAUGCGCUGAUGUAGUUGACAUUGGUGAAAUUUCAUAUAGCAUGGUAUUAGCAGAUAAUGUUGAUGGUGGCGAUGAUUUGGAUCUCAUUGUGACAACUAUGAAUGGCAAUGUCUUCUGCUUUUCGACUCCUGUUCCUCAUCAUCCACUGAAGGCAUGGAGAUCGGUCAAUCAAGGAAGAAACAAUUUUGCCAAUCGGUAUGACCGUGAAGGAGUCUAUGUUUCACAUUCGUCAAGAACUUUCCGUGAUGAGGAAGGCAAGAGCUUCUGGGUGGAGAUUGAAAUUGUCGAUAAACAUAGGUAUCCAUCUGGGUAUCAAGCACCCUACAAUGUCACGACGACUUUGUUGGUUCCUGGCAAUUACCAAGGAGAAAGAAGGAUAAGGCAAAACCAGAUCUAUGAUCACCCAGGAAAAUACCGAAUAAAGCUACCAACCGUUGGCGUGAGGACAACCGGAACUGUCUUGGUGGAGAUGGUUGACAAAAAUGGACUUUACUUCUCAGAUGAGUUCUCUAUUACAUUUCAUAUGUACUACUACAAGCUGCUAAAGUGGCUUCUUGUCCUGCCUAUGCUCGCCAUGUUUGGUAUACUUGUCAUCCUUCGUCCUCAGGAAGCCAUGCCACUUCCGUCAUUUUCAAGAAACACUGACUUGUGAUACCCUUUCAUCAAAAUUUCAACCCAUUGCGAAGGCAGAUUGUAUACUUGGGAAGGAAAUCCGGUUGAAUCGAUGAUACAGUAGUAUCAAUUUUCCCCAGCGAGCUCUGACAAUACGGUGAAACAGAUAUUGAUUAGAUUUGUAGUGUUUUGGAAGUAGGUGACACAGAAUCAAAAGCUUCAAUAUGGGAGAUCUGAGGUUUUGGAUGGUUGCUCAAAAUUAUUUUUCCUUU